UAGUCUUCGUUUUCAAGUGCAAGUGAAUUAACUGUUGACAAAAAUGCUUUUGCUAUUGCUACUCACAAUAGUAGUAACAGUAGUAGUCCCAUCACCGUUGCAAUCGAUUUCCUAUGAAUUAGAAGGUUUCUGCAAUGGUAUCACUGCGGGAAUAUUUCCUCAUCCUGAUCCCGCUUUGUGCUACAUGUACGUGUCUUGUGUAUUCGAGCGGACAAUCGUGUAUCAAUGUGCUGAAAAUUUUGUUUUCAAUCGAGAAAUUUUCGAAUGUGAACCCGGCAAUUGGGAUGAAUGUACAGAACCGGAAGUCACUCCCGACCCAGAUCUGGAAACAAUUUGUUCUGAUGUAUCUUUCGGGGUAUUUGAACACCCGAAUAAUUGCUCCAAGUUCGUGUUUUGCGAGCUGGGAAGCCCGAGCGUAAUAGAGUGUUUGGAAACAGAAAUCUGGUGGCAAAAAGAUGGCGUAUGCUUGUUUGGAAACCGGGAAACCUGUGAACCAGGUGAUAUUUUCUGCAUGGGAAGACCAGAUGGAGUGAUUCCACAUCCCAACGGUUGUGAGUUCUUUAUUGAGUGCAUCGAUGAGCGAAGUACAGAGCUGGAGUGUUCACGAGGUCAAAUAUUCUCAUAUGGGCUAUUAAAAUGUGUGGUUGGAAGUGCUGAAACAUGCCGAUCCCUGGUGGAUGUUUGUGUACAACAACCGGGAGAGAAUUACCCGCAUCCGGAUUUCUGCGAUUUGUUUAUCAGGUGUGAUGGUAGUGAAGCGAUUCUCGCUGAAUGUGGAGAAAACGAAAUAUUUCGACCGGAUAUUCGAUUCUGCGUUCCAGGAAAUGCACAGACCUGUGUUGCGAGUAGACCAGAGGAUGCUUGUCGAGGCCGAUCUGACGGAAUUAUUCCGCAUCCGGAUGAGUGCAAUUUGUUCAUACGUUGCGAAAAUGAAAAAUCGACAGUUGAAAGCUGCCCAACGGGAAAUAUUCUACGACCAGACUCGUCGACAUGUGUUGCAGGAGAUUCGGAAACCUGUCAGCUUUUAGAUGGAGUAUGCAUUGGACUUCCGGAUGCGUAUGUCAUUGAGCAUCCCAUCUAUUGCGAUAUGUUUAUUUGGUGUAGUGGCGGACAAGCGCAAGUUCAUAACUGCCCAUGGGGAGAAAUAUUACGUCCCGAUAUGCAAUUCUGUGUCCCGGGUAAUCGCGACACCUGUGAGCCUGAUCCCAUCGACGAAAUGUGCAAGGGACGUCAAGGACCAGUUAUAUAUCCGCAUCCGUAUAUCUGUUAUCAAUUUAUAAUAUGCGAACAGGAAACACUACACAUUCACACAUGUGAAGAGGACACAAUCAUUCGACCAGGAACAAUCCAAUGUGUUCCUGGAAACAAAGAAUCUUGUCUACUUUAUACAGACUUGUGCAUUGGUCGACCAAAUGGUGUCAUACCGCAUCCAUCCCGGUGUCAGCUAUUCAUAAAUUGUGUAGAUGAACAGGUUAAUAUCGGGUCUUGUCCUGAUGGUCACAUUUUCGAUUCGACAGAGUAUAGGUGCAUUCCGGGCAAUACGGAAACAUGCGAUAACCUGGACAAUUACUGUAUUGAUCAACCGGAUGGAGUGAUACCACACCCGAAUCGGUGCGAUUUAUUUAUGCUAUGCAGCGAAGGUGUCACUUAUGUUCAAUCUUGUCCCUGGGGAGAGAUUCUUCGACCAGAUAUGCAGUUUUGCGUACCCGGUGACAGCGAUACUUGUGAAGUUCUCGAUAUUGAUGAAAUGUGCGAAGGUCGUGAAGGACCUGUAAUUUAUCCGCAUCCCGAGGACUGCACUUUGUUGGUAGUUUGCCGCGAUAAUCAACAAACGUUACAACCGUGUCCGGAAGGGAAAAUUCUACAGCCGGGAACAAUGAACUGCGUAGCUGGAAACACAAAGACUUGUGAACUUUAUGUCGAUCAGUGUGUAGGAAUAAAAAGAGGUGUUCUUCCUCAUCCAUCGAUUUGUCAUCUUUUCCUUCGAUGUGAUUCUGGGCAGACAUCAGUUGAAACAUGUGCCCGAGGAACAAUUUUCAAAGCUUCUUCCAAUGGGGGAGAAUGCAUUGUCGGUGAUAGAGAGACUUGCGAGUAUUUGGAUGACAUAUGUGUAUCGGUUUCUGAUCGAGUUAUUCCACAUCCAAAUUACUGUGAUCUUAAAAUCGAAUGUCGCAAUGGCGAAUCGUAUAUGUCGGCCUGUUUGGAUGGACAAAUUUUGCAUCAAAAUAUGCAAACUUGCGCUCCUGGAUCUUCGAAUGAUUGUGAACUUUAUCCGAUCGAGGACAUGUGUUUAGGACAACAGCAUGCCAUUUUCCCUCCGCCGGAUCAGCAUCAAUGUGAGGAGUUUGUAAUUUGUUCCAAUGGUCUGGCAAACGUACAUUCGUGUGGCUUAGGAACAGUUCUUCGGCCUCGUUAUCUGGACUGCGUACCAGGGAAUAUAGACACCUGCGAAUAUUUUCCUCAUCUUUGUCUGUUCCGACCAAAUGAAAACAUUCCACAUCCAACCAGGUGUGAUUUGUUCAUAUCGUGUGUUUCCGAAGUAGCUCACAUCGUACCUUGUGCAAGAGGCGAAACAUUUGCUCCUGAAAUCGGUCUUUGUGCACCAGGCGAUAACAGUACUUGCGAAAGCUUUUUUGAAGUUUGUGAUGGGCUAGAAACAGCUAUUUUAGAACAUCCAACCCAUUGCGAUUUGUUUAUAGUGUGCAUGUCAGGACUACCUGUAGUGUUUGCCUGCUCCGUGGGACAGAUCCUGGACCCGGAACAAUUGCUUUGUUUGCCGGGAAAUGCUGAUACGUGCGAAUUGUUCCCCAUACCAGAUCCGAAGUUUGCGCCUGUUGACGAACUGCACCAGAUGACGAACUGCACAGCGAGUAAAACGAUAGAUGACAUUUGUGUACGAUCGGGAACGUACAACGUGCCACAUCCAUUUGAGUGUCACAAGUACGUGCAGUGCAUUUCGCGAAAAGCUCGGAUUCGCGAUUGUCCCAAAACGCAUGUAUUCAAUCCACUAGUAAAUACUUGUAUAUUUGGUAAUCGAGAGAUGUGUAAAUAAAAAGAUUUAGUGUACUGGCAUUCUCGUACGGUUAACUUCCUUCGUCGUGUGGAUUGAUAUCACCUGAUAAAUCAUCAAUCAUCAAAGUAAACACUGAUAACACUGCUCAACAGUCUUAAAAGAUGUAGCAAGAAAGCGGGGAACAUUCCAACCGCAACGGAGAUUUUUUUAUUUUUUUACGAAAAUAAAGUUAUGACCCUAAAUAAACGAUAUGACCCUUAUAAACAAUUCAAUAGUUAGCUUGAUAGUUAAACAGCUACGUAUGUAUUCUUUUAAUAUGAAUGUUCAGGAAAGUAUUUUAUUCUUUACUUAUUUUUGAAAAUAUUAUGAUAAUCGACUUUUAAAUCAGAACAAAAUUCCUUACUGGUCACGACACAUAGAAAUAAAAAUUCUAAAUAAAAUAUGUAAUCGGUUUGGCGUUUGAGCGAUUAG